GGGUAAUUCACUGGCAGCGUGCAACGAAUAAAAUCGAUUGAAAAUUUACUGCAGCAUAUUCGGAAAUCAAACAGUAUUUACUUGGUCGCCUCAAUUGAGAAACUGUGUAGCGAAUCUGAGUCCUAUAGUUUCGAAUUGGAAUCUUGUUUUGAUAUUCGCGACAUAACGUUAAAUUUAAGUUACUGUUUUAGGAAAUCGGCCGGAAUAAUGGAUUUCGAGAAAAUUUGUCGUCUGUGCUGCCAAAGCAUCUAUCGAUUGAAUUCUAUUCAUAUUGCAAAUGAUAUUCCAACGAAAGAUCUAUUUAGUGAUAUACUACGACUCGAGAUCUCAGUAGACGAUAAUUUACCACAACAAAUCUGCGAAAUGUGUCUCUCUACAUUGACUGAAAUGCACGACAAAAUUGAGGCUUUUCGAGAAAACGAUCGCAUACUCCGGUUACAGCUCCUUGGAGAUUCAACAAUCGAUAUCAAGGAGGAAGCAAUUAAUAUUGAUGAGAAAUAUACACCCACCGAUGCUGAUGUAGAAAGCAUAUCGAUAAUAUAAGAUAUUGCAGAUAAUCAGAACUCUAAAGAUCAAGGAUCAGACAAACAAUGCUCAGAGUCCAUUACGAAAAGUCCGUUCAAUAUUGUUAUUGUAAAAAAGGACACACCCUUAAACAGUUUACCCGGAAAACAUCAGAAACAUAAACAAAUCAAAAUUCGCAAUAGUGAACGGCAAACCCUACCCGAUAAAAGCUCGAUUCGCCGUCGAUUGAAUGAUUUCAUAUGUUAUGUUUGUAAAAGUGAUUCCCUGGGUACACCCGAGGCAUUGUUUUAUCACCUCAACAACCAGUCGGAUGUGCUACCUUUCACUUGCACGCUCUGUAUCUCGGAAUCUAUUGUCAUAAACAAAUUGACCACACUUAACCUGCAUUUGAAAAUGCAUCAAAAUCCGUUCAAAUGUUCACACUGUGACCGGCGGUACAGCGAAAAACAUAUCGUCGAUAGGCAUGUACAAAAGUUUCACCUCGGCGCCGACCGUCCGGGCCCGUCGCCUUGUGAGGUUUGUGGCAAGGUUUGUUCUUCGCAGUCAUCUCUACUGCUUCACAUGAACUUGCACACAAACGAGUACACCCGUGAGAUUUGUGAUAAGGCGUUCGUUGAAAAACAUAAACUUCGCGAACAUAUAGAACGAAUGCAUGAUAAAUUGCGAAAAUACGAAUGUCAUUUGUGCCAAAAAAAGUUAAGUUGUUUAAGCUCCGUGCAAGGUCACAUGAAACGGAUGCAUUCGGCGAAGGAAUUUGCAUGUGAAUAUUGCGAUAAAAGGGUUUUUUUUUUUAAAUUUCAAUCUAUUUUCAGAAUGUGUGAAACGUUCAAUUGAUUUUUUGUAGGUAUGCUUCGAAACUUUCCCUCCGUCAGCAUGUAAAGAUUCAUAAACACAAACGUGCUUGAAAGCUGUACCACGCUUUAGUGGAAAUGAACUAAAACGAACAAAUCAGAGAACAUUUGAAAAUAUGUAACGUCGUGCUGUUGUCAGAACUAUGAACGUUUGGCAAAUCGGUCGAUUGGUUGAGCAUGUCGGAGUCUGAUUUGGAUGUUCAAAGAGCAGAUGAUGGAAUAAAAUGAGUCAUCCAGAUGAGUAUUAAACUCGAGAGAACCAUUAUUUUUCUUCAAAUGUGAACAAUUUUUAUGUUCAAAUAUCACCAAAUAAAGCACAAAA